AUGCACCAGAACCACCAAGGCAUGGACUUUUCGCAUUCACCACAAUUCUUCUCUGAAAUGGGCAUGCCAAUGCACGCUUCAAUGCCAAACAUGGCACUCAUGGACGAAAAUACCCCUCGGUAUUUCCAAGCCACUCACAUCGUCCAUCCACCUCAGAGCAAUGGCAUGUCCUUUGACGCCAGAAGAAUGUCGCAACCGGAUCUGCGUGUGCAGACUCAGUUGCGGCCACACACACCUUCACACCAAAUCCAGAGUGCAGCACAAUUCCCUCUUACACCUCCCUUCAGCCAGCAUAACUCGGCAGUCCAAUACUCUCGAUCGCUUCAAACAUCACCUGCAAUGCAGUCACCCUAUCCAGUACCUAUGGCACGAGGCAGGUCCUUGCAAGGUAUCAUCGAAAACGAAGAGUUCAAGCCUGCAUUUCUGUCAACACCUACCGGUACAUCUUUUGAAGUGGCCGAUUUGCCGACUCCAGCAAGUCGGAGACGAGUUCGAAGCCCACUACUGCCACAACAUUCCGAGCCCACCAAGGUAAAGGUAGAGUCGAGAGCAGCGGACGAAGAGCUAGAUUUCGACAGCGAUUCAUAUGCUCCCAGACUGGAGCAGAAUGGUGUACCAAUCCUGACCUCCUGGCAAGCUCCUGAAGGUAGCUCUUCGCCAGGUAGACCGGCCCUCUCACCUCGCCGCAUGUCAAUAUCAGACCUCAACCUGGAGCCAGGCAUCCAAGCCUCGAUCGAGGAGACGAACAUCACUCUUGAUGACAUUGCCCAGUACAUAGACGGCCCAGAUCCUGUGGACAACAAGUGGACUUGCAAUUUUGACGGUUGCAACAAGAAAUUCGGUCGCAAGGAAAACAUCAAAUCCCACGUUCAGACUCAUCUCGGCGACCGACAAUUCCGAUGCGACCACUGCAAGAAGUGCUUCGUCCGCGGCCAUGACCUCAAGCGACAUGCCAAGAUUCACACCGGCACCAAGCCCUAUCCCUGUCUUUGUGGUAACUCCUUCGCUCGCCACGACGCUUUAACAAGGCAUCGCCAGCGAGGAAUGUGCAUCGGCGCAUUUGAUGGCGUAGUCAAGAAGAACAUCAAGCGAGGCCGACCCAGGAAACACAGACCUGAGAUGGAAGACCGCCUCGACAAGGCCAGCCGAACCAGGCAAAAGACCAGUGAAGCACACGAUGCGUACGCAUCGUCGAACUCGAGCUACUCCAAUUCAAGCUGGGGAUCGCCGCCUACCGAAAACAUGGACAACCUCAGCAUCAGAGGUCCUUCGCCCUUCGAGGACAUGGCGCUAUUCGGCAUGCCUCAGCACCACACCAUGACCAUGGAUCAGAUGAUGGGUUUCCCGCCUGACAUCUUUUCGUUCACACCACCAGCCAGUCCAGGAUACUCGACAGGCAACAAGCCUACGCCGAACUACCGAGAACUGACCCCAGCCGAACUAGGUGACAUCCCUGACCUGCAUCCCAGUGAGCCAUCGCAGAUGCUACCAGACCUCCCUGUCAUGGAUCCAAGUCUCUCUGUCAUGAGCGCGGUCAAUGGCUUCUCGGGUCACAGCCUCCCCAGUCUGUCGCACUCGAGCUCUUCGCCCGCCGCUGACGUCGUGGCCUUUGACUUUUCUGACAUGCCCACGGACACUUCGAGCACGAUGAUGUCUCAAUCGUCACAGUUCCAAAUGAAGCUCGACCCAGAUAAGAACGACUUUGAUACCUUCCUCGACUAUGGCAGCAUGGAAAUGGGGCUGGACCCCUCGAUCCAAGACUUCUUCACGACUUGA